CCGCUCGCCGAAUCGUACGCAUCGGGGGUUUAAGCACGCCCCUCGUCUCCACGCUCUAAAACCCUAGCCCCCCAAUUCCUCCGCCUCUUCAACUGAAUCCAGCCAUGGCUACUUCUCUCGCUUCUCAGCUUCGCGCUAUCAAAUCAAUCCACAAGGGCACCCCGGACCCAAUCCGUCGACCUCUCACUCGCCCCUCAAUCCUGUUCGACCCCAAAGAGGCCGCCGAUAUCGAUCUCCGAUCCAUUCUCUCAAUCGCUCUCUCCGGGCUGGAGGCCCUCAUUGAGCUUGAUGCUAGGUUUGGGAAAUAUAAAGAUACUCUUUUUAGUCAGACGAGUUUGGAAUUAGGCCGGGGAAAGAUGGUGCAGAAGGAAGAGGCACAAGUUGAAACGCUCGAUUUCGAUUAUUCGAAGACGCUUGAGUAUUUAAUUCGUCGAUACGAGAUCCAUGCAUUUAAUACAGAAGAGCUUGUUUUGUGUACGCUGCCUUAUCAUGAUACCCACAUGUUUGUUAGGGUUGUGCAGUUGUUAGAUCUGGGGGAUAAAAAAUGGGCUUUUCUAGAGGGUGUUAAGACCUCGGGUGCCCCGCCUCCCCGGAAAGUUAUCGUGCAGCAGUGCAUUCGGGAUAAAGGAAUCUUGGAGAUAUUGUGUGAUUAUGCAAAACCAUCUAGUGAGUUUCAGCAUGCAAGGCCAGUUAUUUGCUUUUGCACUGCUGUUAUCGUUGAAGCUUUAGGUUCCAUUCCUAAGCUAGAUACUGAUACGGUUCAGAGGGUCUUACCCUUUGUGUCUAAUGGGCUUAAUCCUGAUAUGAAAGGAAGUCGUGAUCACAAGGCUGGUGCUUUGAUGGUUGUGGGUUUGCUAGCCACAAGAUCAAUGUUAGCACCUAAGCUCAUCCAAAGUUUGGUCUUCAACAUCUCAAGGGUAGCUCAACACGACGCAAAACAAUCAGCUGACUUACCAUGGAUCCGCGUGACGAUAAUGGCCAUAGUUACCCUUGUCCAGUCGCAGUCAACCCAAGUAUUUUCAAAGAAGACUAUGAUGGUUUUGAAGGAAAUUAGAGAUCUUGCUGGGGUGCUUUCUGGUUUAUCACAGGAAUUCAAUAUUCAGAAAUUUCUAUGCCUUUAUCUCGAAACAUUGGUUGAUUAUAGUUCAUCUGAUGCUUCCUAUCUUCAUGGACUGAUUAAUAUGUUAGAGACUCUUCAAAUUAAGGAGAUCAUUGAUAAGGUUGUGUCUAAGAUACUCGCACAUUGUAUGAGAUUCCUACACAACAAAGAUACUUCAAAUUUACACGAAAAAGGUGAAUGGGCAAAGAAACUUUUGGUUGUGAUUGAUAAACAUUAUUCCUCUGAGUUGCGGGAAGCUGUUCAGAAAUUCCUUGAGAGCUCCAAAAUGAAUCUCAAAGAAGGCGAUUCCAAUUUCAGAAGUUUAUGCCAGAUGUUUGAUGAAGGUUUAGAGAUGCCAAGUGAUACCUGUGAUUCGAAAUUCUGGUUUUCUCUUGAACAUCCUAAGGCUGAGAUUCGUCUAGCAGCUCUUUCAGGUAUAGCUGCGUCUGGUAUAUUGAACGAUAUGUCUGCUAAUCCGGAGAAACUUUUAAAUGCACAAAAUGCAAUAGUCCGACGCCUCCAUGAUGAUGAUCUGACUGUUGUCCAGGCAGCUUUAUCUGUUGGGCUGGCUGGAAUAGUUAAUCCUUCUUGUCUCCUGAGAAGUUACCGGGAUGUGUUUUUCAGAUGCAUUGACAUAAUAAAUAGAAGUACAUCUGCAACUUCUCUAGCAAUUGAUGUUGCCAUACUGUGCCUAGAACACAUGGUUUUGGAUGUCCCAAUGGAUCACUUAGAUUAUUCCAAGGAAGUUGCUUCCAUUAUCUUUCCUCUGCUUCUUGUUCUUCCUAAGACUUGGAGAUUGAAUUUGAAGGCUUUGGAACUAGCGAAGCAACUUCGAUGGCCCUUUUAUGAUGAUAGCAACAUUGAUCUGGACCCAACAUCUUCAGAAAAAGGAAAAAUCUUGGAAUCUGGUUACAUUACAAAUGUCAAUUUUAAAACAACCGAAGCUUUGGCUGAAACCUUUAGAAAAAACCCUGAUGUGCAUAUUGAGUGGCUUGUAGAGUGUAGAAGAUGCAGUGAACAGGCGAGAAGUUUAUUUCUCCUUAUUAUAUUGCAGGCAUCAGUUAUCCAUAAUGAAGAUUCUUGUAGCGUAUUGAAGCUCUAUCGAGCUUGCUCGGCAUCCCUUAGAGAGAAUUGGCAUCAAAUGGAACCCCAUGGUAGAAUCGGUUCCUCUGAAGAGUUUAGCUUGGAUAAAUUUGAGAAAUCCUGCUUAGGAUUGGUUGACCAACUUUUAAGCACUGAUGUUGAAACUUUGAAUAUCAAGAUCCAUAUUUGUAUUUAUUGGUGUGUGCUGAAAGCAUGUUCAGAGUCAGUUAAAAGGAGUGCUUCGGCCGAUCAUUGUGAGCAGCUAACAAUGCUCAAUGAGAUGUUUCUGUUUUUCACGACAUCACCUUCCAAGAACAUAUUCAGAAAACACAUACAUUUUCUUGUGAAAAAUUGCAGCAGCUCUCCUUUUCAGUUUCUUUGCAAAUAUUUCACAGAAGGAGGUUUCCCUGUUGGAGUUCAAGUGGAGAGCCUAUGUUUACUUUCAACUCUUUCUUCUAUGUACGGAUCAUUAGAAAGGAGCAAUAUCAAUGAAGAUGGUUACCUGGAGUUUCUACUUGGAUUUCCUUCACUUCUUGUCCCACUUUCUAAUACGAACAAGGAUGUACGAACGGCUGCUGCAAACUGCAUUGCGGGAAUCUAUGAACUUUGGCGUCAGUUUGAUGUAUCUCGGUUAAAGAAUGGGAGUGAUACUAUUUUGUCUCGGUGCCUAUUGACACCGACUUUUGGGGAGUUUUUGGAGUCAAUAGUUAGCCAAACGGAAUUGAUCUCAUCAGAUGCUGAUUUUCUUCCAUCAUUUUUUACAUCAAUGUUAAGCACGUCUGGUCAUAGCCUUAUGGUGUCCGAGGACAUUAAUAAGAGGUUUGAUCAGGCUUCAAAGGAUGCCAUAUUGCUUUUUAUAUUGAGUUCUGCUCUUAAAUUUUCCUCUUAUGGAAAGCUAGUCGUACUCUCAUUGUUUCAAGGGUUGGGGAGUUCCAUUUUACAUUUCGAAGGAGUCAGGAUAUUGCUUUUUGAACUUUUGGAACGACGAGACAAAGAGCAUCUCAGGACUGGCCAAUCUGGUCAAGUACUGUCACAGAUUGAAGUGGAGACAUUAUGUUUGCUUUUGGUGAUUUGUGUUCAUCCAUCAAACUCUGUAUGUGUUGAGAGAGACAUCUUUGAUUGUCUGAUCAAAGCUUUGCAAGUGGAUAGUUCGUCUUCGGAUAAAUCAGUUGUUGUACAGCCAUGCAUCACAGUCUUGCAAAAUAUUACGUGUUCCUUUUAUGAUGGGUUGGAGGCUGAGAUGCAGGAUGACUUGUUCGGAAAUCUGGUUUUCCUUUUUCGAAAUGAUAAUGUAGAUAUCCGGAAUGCUGCUACAGAAGCUGUUCUGCUGAUAAAUAUUAGUUGUUCGACAAUUGUCAGACUCUUUGCUUUGCUUCUUGGUCCAGAUCAACAAAAUGGUUCCUCAAAAAGAGUUAAGAGAGAAAGAGCUGUUACUUGGCGCAGAAUGAGCCUUGAUGAGAAUUUGCUUGAUAGAGAAGAGACAACACUUUAUCUUAUUGGCUCGUUGCUUGAUAUCCUAUUGUUGAAGAAGCAUAUAGAGAAAAGGGAUUCCUUGGUGCAACCACUUUUUCGGGUGCUAGAGAAACUCUUUUCAAAGAAAUGGCUUCUUGGUCUAGUUAGUCAAGUUGAUAAAGGAAGUGGAUCCUUAUCUGAUGUUUCUGAAUCAAUCAGUGGAGGGAUAUAUUACGCUCAACAGACUGUCUUGUCAAUUCUUAAAGAUAUCACUGACACUUAUUUGGUGGAACAUCCUCAUAAGGAUGAAUUUAGUAAUGCGUUUAAAAUAGAUCUAUUGGUUGAGUGCGCUCGCUCUACUGAGAAUGUUUCAACUCGCAAUCAUGUAUUCUUGUUGCUCUCUUCUAUUGCAAAGGCUUCUCCUGGGUGGCUUUCAAAGUAUAUGUUUGAGAUAUUUACUAUCAUUGGAGAGUCUACCGUAAAACAGAUUGAUAGUCAUUCUCAACAUACGAUGGAGGAUCUGAUAUCAAAACUUGUUCCAUGUUGGUUAUCUGAAACCAGCAGUAUAGACAAGCUGCUUCAGAUUUUUAUAAAGGCAUUGCCAGAUGUUCCUGAGCACAGAAGAUUAACACUAAUAGUAUACCUUUUAAGGUCUUUAGGAGAAAAAGAUAGCUUAGGUGUGCUGACAUAUCAUCUUUUUCAUUCGGUGAUAUCUCGGGCUAGUAAUCCUUCAGACGGUGAAGGGAAUAAGCAUGCUAUACUGUCCUCUUCAACCUUCCUUUCUGAGUGGGAAUAUGUUUUUGCAGUACAACUGAGCGGCCAAUACUCGUGUGACAUAUGGUUUUCAUGUUUAGUAAUUCUUCUACAGGAAAUUAAAAUGCAUAGUGAACGUGAAGAAUUUUUCUCUAUCCUACAUAUGGCAAUGCAAUUUAUUGUAGAAAAGUUGGAGGAUGCUGAAUUGUUUUUUCAGCUUGAAUCUGGGCAACAUCCAGGUCAUCUUCAGGUUAAACUUGGGUUGCUUAUGGAAGAGGUAGUCUGCCACCUGCAACUUAUGAAUGUCAAAAGAAAACAAGUCAGCUUAUCCAGAGAUGCUAUGAAGGAACUUAAAGAUUGCUCAAAUAGUGUUCUGAAGAAAAUUACAAUUCUCAUGUCACCCUCCAGUUACUUCAAAAGCAUAACUCAGUUACUGGAGAAUAGUGAUGGAAAUAUUAAAAAGAAGGCACUUGGAUUAUUAUGUGAGAACAUAAAGGAUCAAUCUUUUGUUCAGAGGAAGUGCAAAGAUAAACGAAGAACAAAGCAGAAAUUUGCUAUUCAUCUAGAUGAAAUUGCUAUCACAUCUUUCAACGAGCUGUGCUUAAAAAUAGUUCACUUGAUUUCUUAUACUGUGGAUGAAUCGGAAACUCCUGUAAAGCUGGCUGCAAUUUCAGCACUCGAAGUAUUAUCCAAAGAAGUUCCAUCUGACAAUUUGAAAUUUUCAACAUGCCUUGCCUGUGUAGUGAACUACAUUCGGUCUCCUGAUUUGGCUAUUUCUUCUGCUUGCCUUCGGUCAAUAGGUUCACUCGUCAAUGUUCUUGGUUCAAAAGCUUUAUCACAUCUUCCUGAAAUUAUGAAACUCAUGUUAGAGAAAGCUCAUGAAAUAACCUGUUGUCCUAUUAGAAAUUCUAAAUAUAGCGAUCUGUGGUCUGCUAAUGGAGUUUCAAAUCAGAAGGUACCUCUUUUGCUGUCCAUUGCAAUUACAUUGGAGGCUGUCAUUGAAAAUCUUGGUGGGUUUCUAAAUCCAUAUCUUGAGGACAUCCUGGACCUUAUAUUACUUCACCCAGAGUAUGCUCAAGAUUCUGAUGCAAAACUGAACUCGAAGGCUGCUACAGUUCGAAAGCUCCUGACAGAGAAAAUCCCAGUUCGCCUUAUGCUUACCCCGUUGCUAAAAAUGUACUCCUCUGCCCUCAAAUGUGGUGAAUCCAGUCUAUGUUUAGUUUUUGAAAUGCUAGCAAGUAUCAUUGGGGUAAUGGAUAGGCCAUCUAUUGGUACUUAUCAUGUAAAGAUAUUUGAACAGUGCUUGAUAGCACUUGAUAUUCGCUGUCAUCUUCCGGAGUCAAUAAAGAAUGUAAACAUAGUAGAGCAGAGUGUUACCGAUGCCGUGCUUGUACUGACCAUGAAACUUACGGAAACUAUGUUUCGGCCCCUUUUCAUGCAUAGCCUUGAUUGGGCAGAUUCUAAACUUGAAGGAAGUGAGAGCAUAAGUUUCGACAGAAAAAUUACUUUCUACAAACUGGUGAAUAAACUUCUCGAGAAACACCGAUCUUUGUUUGUCCCUUAUUUCAAGUACUUGCUUGAGGAUUGCACACGACAUCUUACUGAAGAUCAAGACAUAGGUUUGAUACCUUUGACCCAAAAGAAAAAGAAGGCCAAACAUGGGAAUGCAUCUUCUGUUGCAAAGCCCAAAGAUGUUUUAUCCCAUAAGCAGUGGCAUUUGCGGGCUCUUGUUUUGAAGUCUUUAUAUCAGUGCUUCCUCUAUGACACGACAGAUCUGAAGUUUCUUGAUGCCUCAAAUUUUGAGGUCCUCCUGAAGCCUAUUGUUUCCCAGAUUGUGGUAGAUCCUCCAUCCUCUGCUGAUGUUUUAUUGGAUAUGCCUACUGUAGAUGAAGUUGAUGAAACACUGGUUUUGUGCCUUGGUCAAAUGGCUGUUACAGCACAUUCUGAUGUCUUGUGGAAGCCUUUGAACCAUGAGGUGCUGAUGCAGACUAGGAGCGAAAAGACCCGGCCAAAGAUUCUCGGGUUGAAGGUUGUCAAAUAUUUGGUGGAGCACUUGAAAGAGGAAUAUCUUAUUUUUCUACCAGAGACCAUCCCAUUUUUGGGUGAGCUGCUUGAAGACGUGGAGCUUCCUGUUAAAACUCUUGCCCAAGAAAUUCUCAAGGAAAUGGAAACUCUCAGUGGCGAAAACCUUCAGCAGUACCUUUAAGAUACUACAAUACCAAUGUUUUCAGCGCAAUAGUAAAAUUUCCGGCCAAAGAUUCUUGGCAGUUCCUGUAAAAGAGUACAAUUGAGAACCUGUGCGGUAUCAUAUUUAAGGUACAAAACCACCUCUUAAUAUAGUUGAAGUCGGUGGUUUUGAGUCUUGACUAGUGCCCUGUAGAACAAGAAAUUUUGUAAUAGCUCUUUUUUAGCAUAGUAGCUGAUUGCAUCAAAGCUCUAAUGAGUGAAAUUUUUGAUGUAAAAUUGAGUAUGUUGAUAGUCGCAUUCUUCGGCCAUUAGGUCAUCUAAUAUCUUAUUGUGGCCAUGUAAUUUUCAAUGUACAGUUAUUGUAGUCACGGAAAAUUUCCUGCAAA